AUGCCUCCCAGAAUACAGACACUGCAGGGCCUAAAUGGCUUGAGCCUGUGCCUACGGCCAGCAACGAAACAGACUCCCAACUUCCUCCCCGCCAUCCAAACAGCGAAUCUGUCAAUGCGAGAGAAGAAGAAAAAGCAAAAGAAGGAUCCAUAUGCGUGGGCACAGGCACAGCAGCGCAAGAAUGCCAAUAUACAGCGAAAGGGCGAGAUUGCUAAAGAGAAGGAGGGAGAAUGGGGCAACCCCGUUGUUGGCAAGGUGACUCCAUUCAUUGAGUCUCUCGACUCUGCAGGCCAGGCUCCCACCAGCAACGUUCGCAGGGAUGCAGAUGGGAACCCCCUUGAGGAAGUCCGUGAGCUUCCUCAGGCAAUUGGUCUACGAAACCACUAUCUUACCGAGGAGGAACUCGAGGACGUCGCAAAGCACGCUUUCAACCUGACAAAGCCCUCGAUGGGUGUUGUGGAGUCACAGAUGGAGGACACUUCUUCGGAGGAACUGAACGAGGCCCAUCUCGAAAAGCACGCCCGGGCAACUGAAGCCUUGAGGAGGAUCACCUCCAUGGAGAACGCCAGUGGCAAGGACCGACAUCACGCCAAUGUUCGACGCAUUGUCUCGGAAUUCGGAAGGCACAACACCGAUAAAUUCCUGCAGCCCAAGGCCCCGUCCAUCAACCCUGAUACCGAGCAACGUCCUGAUCGUGCCGGACCUGAUACUGGCAGCUCUGAAGUCCAGAUUGCUAUCCUGACGGCUAAAAUCCGUGCACUCUCUCAGGCACUGGAAACAAACCGAGGAUACAAGGACAAGCACAACCAGAGGAACCUAAGACUUCUCGUCCACCGCCGGCAAAAACUUCUGAAGUACAUGGAGAGAAAAGAGAGGGGCAGCGAGAGGUGGACGCAUAUGUUGGAGAAGCUUGGAUUGACUCCAGCAUCAUGGAAAGGCGAAAUCACUGUGUAG